AUGACCGUAGGCACUAAUUUUCAUUUCUCUAGAAAAUUUAACAAUGGGGAAAUUCAACAUCGUCGCUGGUCAGUUUAUUCUAAUUCUCAAAAUGAAGUACUCUGUUUUCUAUGCAGACAUUUUGGCAAUUCACAAACUCAGAUAGUACAAAGAGGAUGCUGUGACUGGAAACAUUUAAGCAGUAUUUUACAAAGACAUGAGAAUACCAAAGAACAUAUGGUAUUUAUAUUCCAAUGCAUAACAUUAGAGAGAGGUAUAAAACACGAAAAACCCAUAGAGAAAGAAAGCGAAAGGCUAAUUUGCGAACCUCAAAAACAUGAGUACAAUUUUUUUAUGUGA